UCCAUCAUCGCCCUAUCCUCUCUUCUCGCCUCGCCCGUCGCCGCCUUCAACUUCACGCCCGCGCCCUCGUCGAACCUCAGACUCGAUACCCUCGGUCGUGUUGCCUUCGCCGGUGACUUUGACGGUCUAUCGCUCUUCCAAUACCUCGAGCAGAAUGAAGACAGCUACUAUACAAACGGCUCGCAGUCGCUGCUGUCGCGCUUCCCCAAUGGCGCCUUUGCCUCCAUCUCGCUCGCCGAUGCGCACAUCAAGGCUAUGUGUCCAUACUUUAUAAACGGUGAAUUGCAAGGUCUGGUCGUCGGUGGCAACUUUACCAGCGUCGGAGGCAUCAACUCGCAGGGCGUCGCGAACAUCAACGUAGACACUGGCGAAGUCACUCCUCUUCCAGGCUUGUCGGGGAAGGUCGCUGCGCUAUACUGCGAUGACGAUUCUGGCUACGUCUAUGUUGGUGGUGAGUUCCAAGGUCUGAAUUCGACAAACGCCAUCAUCUGGACCGGUCAAUGGACGAAUAUGCCUUUCCAGGGCUUCAACAAACCAGUCACCUCCAUCAUAAAAGCUUCAAACGGCAACUUUAUCUUUGGUGGUGCUUUUGACGGUCUUGGAAACAACAGUACUGGCACAAAGAAGAACGAUACCCAGGUCAUUCCAGUCGCGUCCGGUCAAGUCACUGCCACGAAUUCCAUCCAGCGCGACGGCUUUGGCGAUCCUCGCAACAUCAUCUGUAAGACUGCAGAUUCUGAUGGUUCUGGAAACACUUGGCUUGCGGCCGACAACUCGCCCGCUACCUGGCAAGACAACUUCCGUUUUGGCUUCCAGCCAUCGCUGCUUCGUCUGUACAAUACCAAGAUCGAGGGACGAGGGACAAAGACAUGGCGUUACACUGCUCUGCCUGACACCGGCAUCAUGAACUUUACAUACAUUAAUAAAGACGGCGAACGGGCUUACUGUGACGCCACCUGCCCUCUCCCGGAAGGGAACACGACCGCCCAGGACUUUGAAUUUGUCAACACCAUUGGCAUGAAUGGCUUCCGUAUCGACAUCUCCGACUGGUAUGGCCCUGGCGCCGGCCUCGCUGGGAUAGAGCUGUUCCAGGACGACAUUUAUUCUUACGCCAUCAGCAGCUUCAACGAGCCUCAAUGCGACGACGUCAGUCCCGCCGCUGCCACCGCCACUGUCACAGGCCCCUGGCUAGUCUCCCCCUCAAACGCCAACACCAAUUCCGACUAUCUGUCCAUCCGAGUCAACGACACCAUCUCUGAACAGUCCGCCGCCGGUGUCAGUGUCCAGUUCAAGCCAAACCUCGAACAGUCUGGAAACUAUUCAAUCAAGCUCUACACCCCGGGAUGUAUCCAGGACAACACUUGUAGCUUCCGUGGUCGCGUCUCAGUCUCCGCCAACACUGGCUCUGACACGCCCGUUACUGCUGAGCUUGCGCAGACGAACAACUAUGACAAGUAUGACGAAAUCUUCAACGGCUUCAUCGAUGCCAGCUCCCAGCCUUCCCUUACUCUAUCGCCAACUGCUGGUCAGACUCCUAACCUGGGAUAUCUUGUCUUUGUCGCACAGCGCGUACGAUUCGAACUGAUUGCGGCAUCGACUGGAGAUCUGCAAGGAUUGUUCGAGUACAACCCCAAUCAACAAACUGUCGAUAUCAACAAACUAGACUCUUCCGCUAUCAACAGAGCCGGACAAGGUCUCACUAACGGUGCCAUCGUAAAGGAGCUUGCCAUUCAAGGCGAUGAUACGUUUGUUGGCGGUAACUUCACGUCCGAUGCCUUUAGCAACAUCUUCAAGAUCAGCGGCGGCAAUGCUACGAGUCUCUCGCAAGGCGGUCUGAACAACGAGGUCAUGACCUUCUACCACGAUGAUACCCGGCUAUUUGUUGGUGGCAACUUUACUGCUACACGAAACGGUGGCACGGCUGGACUGAACGGCAUCGCCCUUUACUCCAUCAACGACGACUCUUGGACUGCCCUUGGCUCAGGUGUCGACGGCAUAGUGCAGUCCAUCCUGCCACUGCCUCUCAAUCUUACCGGGGACCAGCCAGAGACAUGCAUUGCCGUCAGUGGUCUCUUCUCUAGUGUAUUUGCUUUCAGCAACAACGCCGCAUUUGAUGCUCAGGGCUUUGCCAUCUGGGUUCCUUCCGUCUCAAACUGGCUACACAAUACCGACUUUGCGACAAUCUCGUUACAGGGACGCCUCGACACCAUGGCCAACGUUCCCAAUUCGUCCCCAUUCUAUUCCGGCUCCGUGUCUUCCCAGGCACUUGCUGCGUCCGGCGCUGUCGGCCUCCGCGAUUCAGAUGGUUUACAGCUACAACAACUGCCGUUCCGUCUGCACCCAACACCUUCUUCUCAGCAAGCUUCGCGCAAGAGAGCUGCCACCAUCAACGGAUUGAAUGUCACGGGCGCUGCUACCGGCCUCAUCUAUGAAGAAAACGAUCUGAAUUACACCAUCAUCGCUGGAAAUUUCAACGCUCAAGUCGAUGGCACCAACAUCACAAACAUCCUCAUAGUCAACGGAACAGACUCUGUCACGGGUUUGCAUGACGAACUUCCGUCGGAAUCUACCUUUGUGACGGUCGGCAUUCAAGACAGGAACGGCGCCGCUCUACUUUUCGCCGGCGGUAGUGUUACUGGAACAGUAAACAACGACAAUGUCAACGGUCUUGUCAUCUACGAUCUUCGCGCCGCAAAGCUUCACGACCCCCAGCCUGAAGGUCUGACUGCCAAUGACAACGAGGCUGUCGUUCAUGCAGUUGCUGUUCAAACCAACAGUGCGGAUGUUUAUGUUGCCGGUGACUUUGAAAGCGCCGGCUCACUUGCUUGUCCUUCAGUCUGUGUAUACAGCACUGACCUCAAUCAAUGGAAUCGUCCUGGCGAUGGUAUCGGAGGCUCUGUCUCGGUCAUGCAAUGGACAACGGACACCGUGCUCAUCAUGGGUGGAAACAUGACUUCCGGAUCAAACAGGACUACCAUGGUCACUUACGAUACUACAAGCCGAGUCUUUACCUCUUUCCCUGGCGCAGAUGCCAUGCCCGGCCCGGUCACCUCACUAAGCGCAGCCAAUGCCGAUCGAACUCAAUUCUGGGCUGGCGGCACGGCAUUGAAUGGGUCUGCCUUUCUACAAAAGUAUGAUGGUAGUCAAUGGCAGUCGAUCAGUCAUCUCCUUGGCGAGAACACGGUCAUCAGUGCGCUCCAAGUCAUGCCGUUGACCGAUGACCACGACAACAAUGACCUGAUGGAAGGCAACAGAGCCCUUCUCGUCAUGGGCCAGCUCAACGUUCCCAACUACGGCAACGCUUCAUCCGCCCUCUACGAUGGCAGAACCUUUACUCCCUUUAUCAUCUCAUCGAGCUCGCGCAACACUGGUGGAAUCAUCAGCCAUGCCUUUGUGCAAAGAGAUGACUUCUUCACCAGCGACGACGGGCACCUUGCUGUUGGUUUCGUUGUGUUGAUUGCGCUUGCCAUAGCUCUUGGUCUAAUCGCUCUGAUCGUACUUGCUGGCAUUGUUGCUGAGCGCUGGCGUCGGAGGCGGGACGGCUACAUGCCUGCCAACCAGAACAUGAUGAGUGGUGCCGGCAACAUGGAUCGCAUCAGGCCAGAGGCUCUCUUUGGUACACUCUCGAAG